UGCGAUUUCUUCAUUUCCAUUCUUUUCUGCUAACUUUCAUCAAGGUUGAUUGAAGCUUCCUUUGUAGCUUCAAUUUUAUGCAGACGUUCAUCAACCAGGAGCGAAACACAGGAGUUUGGGAGGUUUUACCUUCUACCUUGUGGGAGAUCAGGUAUGGAUCUGUCAGCUGGUCCUUCGACACACAAUACUGUCGUGUCCCCAUAAAACCUGUCUCCCAUCCAAAGCCGCCCCAUUACCAUGGCUCCCUACUCAGGACAUCCCGUCCGAGACGCCGUUAUACAGUUCUUUGCAAAGCUAAACCAUUCGGAGCUUCUCAAGAUCCGACAACCCUACCCCAUAACUCUGCGAAUGAAUGGCCACUCUCCGAGCCACUGAAUAACAAAUUCAUUGGUGUUCAAAUUGCAGAAGACGUUUUGAGAUCGUAUGAACUGAAUUCCGGAUUCACUCACUCGAUCAUGCCUGAUAUCACCUUGGACGAGUUGUAUACUAAUUGGACGAAGUUGUCGGUUGACGUCGACGAAGAGGAGGUCGAGUUUGCGAGGUCUCAGUGGGCUGCUCUUGUUCAGGAUCUAGUUGGGGAUAUCCAACUAUCCCGGGCUAUAUCCGCCUCCGACCUUGACGGUGGCCGUCCCCAGUCUCCGCUCUCUUCGCUGGAAUACGAUUCAGAGCCAUCUACCGAUUCUGAUAUGCUCCCUUCCACACCUACACAAAGGAGUGCAUUUUCCGAUGUUGAGGUACAUCAACCCUCCCCAGUGUUAGAUGUUCGUGGUCUUUCUCCACCCAAGGCUCUCAAUGGGUCCGCAAGAGCUUUCACCCCCAAAUCAGGCUCGCAGUCCAAGUUUUUGUCAACUUUGUAUUUCCAGCUAUCAACGGUAACUACCAGUACCUUCCUCCAGGCCUGAAAAAGGACGACCAAGGGUUCUACACCUCAAUCACCCCACCUGGCUCACCAUCUCGCGCCCGUCUUGAUUCCUCUCGACCUUCCUC